GCAUAAUAUUGUUGUGCUGGUUAAACAUCAAACUAUUAUUCACUUUCCCAUAACUGACCCAUAUAAUGAUAAAGAACAAAAAAAAUGUGAUGAAAAAUUAAUUACCUGGUUAAUUAUUGAUCAACAACCAUUUACUGUCGUCGAUAAUCAGUAUUUUCAGGAGUUUCUUAAUUUUUUUGAUCCCCGGUAUACAAUAUCUACAAGACAAGCUGUAAAAACAAAGAUUAUAGAUAAAUUUGAAAAUAAAC